AAUCCCCCAACAGCCCAAAAAACGUACACCGAUUAACGACCAGUAACACUUGUCAUGAGGGGGAUAUUCAAGCUUCCCGCCACCGCCGCCAAAACCUCUCUCUACCUUCUCACCGCCGCCGGCGCCGGCGCCCUCGCCGCCCAAACCAUUUACCCCACUCCCGUCCCCGAGGAAAUCAGGGCUGGAAUUAGCGGGAUCGUCCGAUCCUCCCGUGCCGUCUGGACCAUCGCUUCGACGGUUGUGGAUUACAAGUAUUCGUUGCAUGGAUUAUCGGAGGAUUCGGAUGACUAUAGACGUGUAUUAUCUGAGGUUCAUUUAUGCUCAGCCAAGAGAAUUCUAAAAUUAUGUGAAGCCAAUAAAGGCUUCUAUGUGAAAGCUGGUCAGUUUGUUGCAGCCCUGCGGCAGGUCCCAAAAGAAUACUCAUCCACUCUUUCAUCCUUACAGGAUCAGGCAGUUCCUUGUCAUUUCAAAGCUAUUAAAGAAGUACUAACCAGCAGUUUGGGACCAGAUUUAUCAGAGAUAUUUCUAUCAUUUGAUGAACAUCCCGUUGCUGCGGCUUCUAUUGCUCAAGUGCACCGUGCUGUACUGAAAGAUCAUCAAGAAGUAGCAGUUAAGGUGCAAUAUCCUGGGUUAGAGCACCAGUUCAAAAUAGACAUUGCUGCCAUGUCCUUUCUAUCCAAAUUCGUUGCAUUGUUUUUCCUUGAGUACAGGUUUGGAUGGCUGGUCUCAGAAUUCGCAGAGUCUGUUGCUUUAGAACUAGACUUCAUUCACGAAGCAAGAAAUGCAGAGAGAACAGCAAGAAACUUCAAAAACAAUACUGUGGUUAGGGUACCUCAUAUUUUUUGGGAUUUCACGACUAGACGGGUUUUGACAAUGGAAUUUUGCCAGGGAUGCAAGGUUGACGACUUGGAAUUCAUGAUUGAGAUGGGGAUAGAACCCAUAAAGGUUGCAAAAGCAUUAGUAGAAGUGUUUGCUGAAAUGAUUUUUGUCCAUGGCUUCGUGCAUGGGGAUCCACAUCCUGGUAAUAUUUUGGUUUCUCCCGAAGGGCCCAACAGCUUUUGUUUAGUUCUUCUGGAUCAUGGUAUCUAUAAAGAGUUGGAUGAAGGAUUUAGAUGGGACUAUUGCCAACUUUGGAAGGCUUUGAUUCUGCUAGAUGCAAAUAAAAUACUACAGCUAGGUGAACGCUUUGGUGUUGGGAAGUACUCUAGGUACUUUCCCCUCAUAUUCACAGGAAGAACGAUUGACAGUAAAUCGGUUCUUGGAAGAGGAAUGUCAGCUGAAGAGAGAAAGAACAUAAAGCAGGAGUUGCAGUCUUUGAAGAUGGAGGAUCUGUCUUCAUUCAUGGAAUCUCUGCCCUCAGACUUCCUAACGAUUUUGCGUACUGAUGGGCUACUAAGGUCCUUACUUAGCAAGUUAGGUGCUCCACACCGGGUCCGGCUGCUGGCUUAUGCUAAAUAUGCAAUACAAGGGCUUUCUCCAAAAUUGAAUCCUGAAUCUGGGAUAUAUGUGAUGCAAAACUGCAACCUACAGGGAGAUCUUUUAAUGAACACACAAAUGAACAAGUCUACUCUGAGUCAGAGAUAGAAUUCUUCAUUCUGGGCAUUUAUUCUUCAACAACCUCAAGCAAUUGCCCAGAUUUAUGGACUACUUGUCUCACUUUUGAGACUCAAGAAGGCAGCCUUCAAUCCUUGUCCUCCAAGGAUUGUAAAUUGUGCAAUGUUAGUCCUUUAAGAACCUGUUAGUUUGGCGGGACUAAUGAUGGGAUAUAAAUCUCAUUGGAUAAAUAGUGAUUGUAUUAAAAAUACCACACCAUGGUAUUGUAUGUACCGCACUUUAUGAAUUAUACGUCUAAUGCAUGUUUAAUCCAGUCAUAAAUAGUUUAACCAAUCACCAGAUAUUCGGUUACCAUGGAUUCAAUCU